AUGUCUCGUCCGGACGAGACGUUAGUAGCCGCUGCGGCGAUUCUUCGCGGGUUGGCCAGAGGCUCAACCACGUCCACCUCGUACACCAAUGGCCUAAAACUCCCUCCUUACAGGCUACCUGGCGAAGAUGGCCCGACUAAAGACGAGUUUGAGGCGGAAAUAGCAGGUCUGGCAAGACGUAUACAUUAUCUGGAAUCAAGAGCAGACCUUGUCGGACAGGCGCUACCAGACACGCCUGGUGAAAUCCAGAAUCCUACAUCUCCUCUUUCGCGGCCGACCGAGCUUCGUGGUAUCCUCGGAGAGUCGCGUAAGGACUUUGCAGACACUGCCGAGAAGUCGAGCGUGAACUCGAAUCAAUCCAGCCAGUCGCGCCGCGUGAACAAUCUCCUGGCCGCCAGGGACAAGCCCGGUCCCACUGAGCCAGGUCGUACGGUCAGCGAAGAUGAUAUUAGCGUCUUGAGAGACCACGUCGAGAAGCAGGCAGAGCAGAUCAAGAGUCAGCGAGAAACAAUUGCCGAAAUCAGCCAGGGGCUGCGGAACUCUGAGGAGCAAGCGAAACAGGCUUUCAUGCGGGUCGAGAAUGAAGAUGUCUCAAUCCUCGAAAGAGAACUUCGCAAACACCAACAAGCCAAUGAAGCAUUCCAAAAGGCACUGCGUGAGAUCGGUAGCAUCAUUACCCAGGUCGCCAACGGUGAUUUGUCAAAACGUGUCCAAAUCCAAGCCACUGAGAUGGACGACGAGAUCACUACGUUCAAGGUCACCAUCAACACGAUGAUGGAUCAAUUGGAGAUCUUUGGCAGCGAAGUAACGCGUGUUGCCCGUGAGGUCGGCACUGAAGGUAUAUUGGGCGGACAAGCUCAAAUCGGAGGCGUUCAAGGUAUCUGGAAAGAGCUGACUGAGAAUGUCAACAUCAUGGCCGCCAACCUGACAGACCAGGUCAGAGAGAUUGCAACAGUCACUAAAGCUGUCGCCUGUGGUGAUCUAAGUCAAAAAGUCCAAAGUCGCGCCAAAGGCGAAAUCUUCGAGCUUCAGCAUACGAUAAACACCAUGGUGGAUCAACUGCGGACGUUCGCAACCGAAGUCACAAGAGUAGCCAGGGACGUCGGAACUGAAGGUGUCCUUGGUGGUCAAGCUCAAAUUGAGGGAGUCCAAGGUACCUGGAACGAGUUGACCAAAAGUGUGAACGCCAUGGCAGAUAACUUGACCACUCAAGUGAGAGACAUUGCCAUGGUCACGACGGCCGUGGCUAAGGGAGACCUUACGAGAAAAGUGACGGCCAGCUGUAAAGGUGAAAUUUUGCGCUUGAAGAUCACCAUCAACAACAUGGUGGAUCAGCUACAGCAAUUUGCACAGGAAGUCACCAAUCUAGCAAAGGAAGUCGGUACAAAUGGCGUACUUGGCGGCCAGGCCACCGUACAUGAUGUCGAGGGUACUUGGAAAGAUCUUACAGAGAACGUGAAUGGCAUGGCCAUGAAUCUCACCACCCAGGUACGAGAAAUAGCAACAGUGACGACGGCUGUAGCCAACGGCGAUUUGUCCAAGAAAGUCGCCGCCGAUGUCCAAGGAGAGAUCCUGGAUUUGAAGGUGACGAUCAAUUCCAUGGUGGAUAGACUGAAUACCUUUGCUUUUGAGGUGAGCAAAGUAGCAAGAGAAGUAGGGACAGACGGCACACUCGGCGGCCAGGCAAAGGUCGACAAUGUGCAAGGAAAAUGGCGAGACCUCACGGACAAUGUCAACACCAUGGCUUCAAAUCUGACAGACCAGGUACGAAGUAUCUCAGACGUAACACAAGCCAUUGCUGCUGGCAAUCUGGACAAGAAGAUCGAGGUGGCGGCGCAAGGAGAAAUCCUGACCCUGAAAGUUACCAUCAACAACAUGGUUGAGCGUCUGGCCACCUUUGCGCACGAGUUGAGGCGAGUGGCGCGCGAUGUCGGUGUCAACGGCAAAAUGGGUGGCCAGGCCAAUGUUCACGAUGUUAAUGGUCGAUGGAAAGAGAUCACCGAGGACGUCAACACCAUGGCUGAGAAUCUGACUGCUCAAGUUCGUGCUUUUGGUGAAAUCACGGAUGCUGCUACCGUGGGUGACUUUUCCAAACUGAUCAGCGUCGAAGCCUCUGGUGAAAUGGACGAGUUGAAGCGCAAGAUCAAUCAGAUGAUCUCGAAUCUCAGAGACAGCAUUCAAAGGAACACGGCUGCUCGAGAAGCCGCCGAACUGGCUAACCAGACGAAGUCGGAAUUUUUGGCAAACAUGUCUCACGAAAUCAGAACUCCCAUGAACGGAAUCAUUGGUAUGACACAGCUCACUCUGGACACGGAUGAUCUCAAGCCACAUUCUCGAGAAAUGCUCAACACGGUGCAUAACCUGGCCAACAGCCUGCUCACCAUCAUUGACGACAUUCUUGAUAUUUCCAAAAUCGAGGCCAACAGAAUGGCCAUCGAGGCUAUUCCUUAUACCGUUCGGGGAACGGUCUUCAACGCGUUGAAAUCCCUGGCCGUGAAAGCGAACGAGAAGUCCUUGUGUCUGGCCUUUGACGUCGACAACACCGUCCCUGACUACGUGGUAGGGGAUCCAUUCCGAUUGAGACAGAUCAUUCUCAACCUCGUGGGCAACGCCAUCAAGUUCACCGAUCAGGGCGAGGUCAAGGUGACCAUCAGAAAGUCCAAGGAUCUCAUAUCGAAUUGUGCAACUGAUGAGUUCCCAUUUGAGUUCGUGGUGUCCGACACCGGCAUUGGCAUCCAAUCUGACAAGCUUGACCUCAUCUUUGACACGUUUCAACAGGCCGACGGCUCUACAACGAGAAAAUUCGGAGGCACAGGGCUUGGACUUUCGAUUUCCAAGCGUUUGGUCAAUCUCAUGGGUGGCCAAGUCUGGGUCACUUCUGACUUUGGUCAGGGGAGCGAAUUCCACUUCUCGUGUAUCGUGAAAUUCGCGACUGAAGAUAUCAGCGUCAUCAGUUCACAGCUGUAUCCGUUCCGCAAGCACAAAGUGCUCGUUGUGGACAAGGGAGUUUCUUCUUUCUUCCAAAAGCUCCCGGCCAUGAUUGAAGAACUUGGGCUGCACGUACAAAUCGUGCAGGAUGAGCACGAUGUGCCGGAACCUGACCCUGACAGGAGAAUCAGAUCUUCAGACGGGAACUAUGAUGUGAUUGUGAUCGACCAGGUUGAGACUGCAUAUAAGCUGCGAGAGUACGAGAAGCUGAAGUACAUACCCAUGGUACUCUUGAACCCGAAGGUGUCAAUCUCUCUGAAGACUGUACUCGACCUCGGAAUUGCUUCAUACAUGACCAGCCCUUGUCCGUUGAUCGACUUGGGCAAUUGCAUGAUUCCAGCACUUGAAGGACGUUCGACACCUAUCAUCAAGGAUUACAAGAAAUCCUUCAAUGUCCUGUUGGCUGAAGACAAUGAGGUCAAUCAAAAGGUCGCCAUCAAGAUACUGGAGAAAUACAACCACGUUGUCACCGUCGUCGGCAACGGUUUGGAGGCAUUGAACGCCAUCAAGGAUACUCGGUUUGACGUGGUUCUUAUGGACGUACAGAUGCCAGUCAUGGGAGGAUUCGAGGCGACAAGAGAAAUUCGACAGUACGAGAAGGAGAUGGGGCUCCAGCGAACACCUAUUGUGGCACUGACAGCGCAUGCCAUGUUGGGAGAUCGCGAGAAAUGCAUUCAGGCACAAAUGGACGAGUACCUUUCGAAGCCGCUCAAACAGAACUUGCUCAUGCAGACAAUCCUUCGUGUGGCCUCAGACAGGGUUACCGACAUGUUUAAUAAGCAUGCUCGUACCAAGUCGAACGCGACAGCAGAUGCGAACACUGAAGGUGCGAAACAGGACGCGGCACCGAUGAUCAAGGUCGAAAAGGAGACAUCGGCUCUGAGACCUUAUUUCACGGAGCGAUCCAUCACCACAUCAGGACCGGUAAAUCACGGCAGCGUGGAGAGCCCUUCCGUUGGCACAGAUGGCGAUCCUGAUCCCAUAUCGGUCGUCAACAAUGUGCUCCUGAGAUCUCACAGUUCAUGA